GUGCCCAUGCCGCAUCCUCGGUGAGCCGGUUCGGCAGGAGCGCGCGGCCGUGUUGAAUGAGCUGCGCCCGCUUCCGAAGCCGAGUGGGUUUCCGACUGGAUAAAUGCGUUUGUACUGUAAAACACUAUGUACUAUAGUAUAACAUCCAGGAGUUAAUAAUACACAGUAAUGGACUAAGAGGCAUCACGACUCGCUCGACAAGACCAACAUGUUGGAAUCUUUUCGUUGGGUUGGGUGGAGCGAUUCCCAGCAAUUAUCGCCAUCCUGCAUGAAGCAUGAAUGGUGAACUGUUGCGACCUGCAGAAUAACGUUUGAACGAAGACGACUCGAUACCGUACGACUUCCCUCUCCAUUGUCCGCCUUUCUCAUGACCACAGCCAACGAUGAUGUCCCGAGAGCUACUCCGUACCUCCACUACAAGUACGCUACCUAUAUCAAAAUCUACUAAGAUCCCCCAAGCCCACCCCUCCGCACUGACUGCCAAACUGGUUCAUGCUCACCUCCGCCUCACCUCCGCAAACCAACCCAGUCCGCCGUUUCCCCUCGAGGACAGCCUCUCCGUGUCCUCCGGUCCCUUUUUUACCCCACGUUCCCCGAUCACGUUCGUCGCGAGCUGCUGGGGGACCAUGCAUGGCUCUUCGUUUCUCUUACAUAUAUCAGCAGCAGCCGCAGUGCAGUCUAUCAGCCUCGCCCCCGACCUUGUCGGAGGAGUUGUGGCGAUGAAGACCGGAAAGCUCGACCUAUCACACAUGCCGUCUUGUCAGGACAAAGACGAGGGAGGAAUAUUAGCUACCUACAGCCUCAGGAAGGAAGGCGUAUUCCAAUCCUAUCAGAUAACUCUCGCGCUUACGCUGCUUACGCAGCUUACGGGCGGCGGCGGCAUCGGGGCGACGGGCGACGGCACUUGCACUGAACGGUGAGCGCGGCGCGAGGAGUAGGGUACAUUACCUAGUGAGAUUGAUCAGAUGGACCUGCCCCAGCCUCGUACCGUUCCCUUCCCGCCCCCGAAUCCCAACGGGUCUGUUGCCUUUCCUUCCCCAGAACCCCCGGCCCCCAAUCGCAGAAUGGCGAA